AUGCCAGUUUGCUCGACAGCCAUCAAGCCGUGUGUAAACUCGGCCUUCCGCGGACUAAACUGGACGCGCGAUGCUUGUUACAACGUCGACACCUUUGCCGAUGCAUUCCCUUUGACAGGGUUUGCUUCACUCAGGCAGAUGAUUGACGCGACAUCGAGCUCUUGUGGCGUGGAGGCCCCUCCAGAGAUCGCUGUCAUGGGAGAAGGGCCGCAGAAAAUAUACUGGAACGACGAUGAAGCUGCCGAAGGCGGGUUUGAACAUGGGCCAUGCGAGUUGUGGCUGGACGAGGUUGUCGUGUUUCAGUCAAACAAUUGCGCUGUUGCUUUCCCAACCAGCCCGGCAGUGUGUGCUGUCGAUUACUCGAGCUGCAGCGGCUUUUGUGUGCUACGCUUCUACGCGUUGGCACUUACAGGGGUCCAGUGGCGAGCUUUCAGUACGUUAACCUCUGUACUGUAG